ACGACGUCGGCACACGGGGCCGGUUGCGAUCAUCGGAGCGAAACGAUUGCAUUUCAUCACGCCGUUCCUCUAUCGCCGUUUGCCUGUCCGUCCGUAACUAGACUACAACAGUCUCUAGUGCUUUUUACUAUUCUAACUCGUUUUACCCUCCAGUCACCGCGGCAUAAACCGUUCGCAGUUCCCAAUCUUUUCUUUUUUUCAAGUCUCCACGCAGUCGUGUGGUUUCCAUUCGCGUCCGAAUCGUGUAUUAUACAACAAAUUAUUAAACAUGAAUUCAAAUACUAAUUUACGUCAAAAGUUCAGUCAAAUUAAUUCACAGUAUAGUAAUGAAGAUUGGUAUAAUGGAAGUAUUAAGUCUAUCUCUCUAAAAAAUUUUAUGUGCCAUGCAAAUUUCCAUUUAACAUUGAAUCCUAGAAUUAAUUUUAUAUCAGGUUUGAACGGUAGUGGAAAGAGUGCUAUCCAAACUGCUCUUGUUGUAGGAUUUGGUGCUAGAGCAAGUACCACUAAUCGUGCCAGUUCAUUAAAGUCACUUAUCAAAUAUGGACAACCAUCGGCUACUAUAUCAAUAACAAUAGCAAAUAGUGGAGAAGGAAAUAGUGACUGUGGUCCUUACAAGCCUGAAGUGUAUGGCAAGCAAAUUACUAUAGUAAGACAAAUUACUGAAUCAUCUACUACUUAUAAAUUUUUAAAUGAAAAUAAUAAAGUUGUUAAAGGCUUUAAAAAUGAAUUAAAAAAUUUGACACUUCAUUUUAAUAUAUUAGUGGAUAAUCCAAUAUGUAUCAUGAAUCAAGCAAUGGUAAAAACAUUUCAUAAAGGUGCAAAUCCAAAUGAGAAGUAUGAUCUUUUCUUUAGAGCCAUAUCUGCUAAUAUAUUUAAUGGAAAAAUUGAAGAAACAAAGUUAGUUGCCACAGAGUACUCGGAAAAACUUGAAAAUGUUAAAAGUGUUUUGAUACAAUGUUUAAAAGAAGUAAGUGAAUAUGAGACUUAUGAAAAAAAAUCUAAACAGUUAGAAACUUUGAAAAAUAGUAAAUAUCAAUAUGAAAACGAGUAUGCUUGGUAUACUGUUUAUCAACUCGAAACAACUUAUAAACAGUUUUUAAACCAAAUUGAAUCUUUUAAAGGUAAUCUGUCGGAAAAUACAGACAAAACAAACAUUUUGGAACAGAGUAUUAAAGCAAAUUCAGAAACAUUGAUAAUAAAAAAAAAUGAAUUGAUAAAUAUUGAAAAUUCUCGCUCACGUAAUCAUAUGGUUUUCAUGCAAACAAAAAAAGAAUUACUGGACAAAACCAAUGAGUUUGAUUCAGUAAAGCAAUCUGUUAGAAAACAUGAUUCUGCUUUAAAAUUAUUAAUCAGUAAUAGAGAAGAUUUAGAAAAACACAUUGAAGUUGAACAUCAAAAAGGCAAUACCAAUACUUUAGCACAGUAUAAAGAAAUAUUGGCACGCUAUGAGCAAAAUUGUUCUGAAGCGGAGGCAGCAUGGAAAACAAAUAUGGAACAUGAACAAACUCUACGUAAUGUAGUUGAUGAAUUGAAGCAGAGAGUUGGAAAUUUAAAGAACGACGAGGUUACUCCUUUACAAAGAAAAAUAGGUGAACUUAAUAGAAAUAUCAACAGUAUAUCUCAACAAGAAGACAGGAUCAAUUUCUAUGGGAACUGGAUGCCAAAAUUAGUUAAAACUAUUGAAAUUGCCUUUAGUCAAAACAAAUUUAUAAAAAAACCAAUAGGUCCUAUUGGGGCAUACAUUAAAGUGAACAAUGACAAAUGGAUAUUUUCAGUCGAAAACUUUUUAGGUCGAGGAACUUUAAGAACAUUUUUAGUAGAUAAUUUUACUGAUAAUAAAGUACUUCAAUCAAUAAUGGAUACAUUAAUUACAGGUAAUGCAAGAAAACCGACUGUUAUCACUAGCAAAUUUUUUGACAAAGUUCAUAAUAUUACUGCUAAAGAAACUCAAAAUAAUUUGUUUCGUAUGUUAAAUUUCACUAGUCCUGUAGUAGCUAAUUGUUUGAUUGAUAACAAUUGUAUUGAAACAAUAAUGCUUGUAGAUGACACUGCAGAAGCUAUGCCUAUGAUGGAAAAUGUUUCCAUAGUUCCAAGAAAUUGUAACUUCUGUUUAACUUUAGAUGGGACACAAGUUUAUCCUAGCCCUUCUUAUAGAGUAUACUCUUUACAAAGUGCCAGUGAACCAAUUUUCUUGCAAAGUGAUGUUUUGGUUGCUAUUAAUAAUUUAAAACGUGAGAAAGAAGAGUUAGAAGUAAAAAUUAAUAAACUAAAUACAGAAUUUGAACAUUUUGAACAGUCGAAAGUAGAAAAGCAACAAUACCUUGACAAGGCGCAAUCAGAAACAAAAUGGCUUAAGGCCAAGUAUGAUGAAUACUCAAAAAAAAUAAAUGAACUUAAAGCUAAAUGUGAGGAAGAACAAGAUGACAGAAUGGCUACUCUUACUGAAGAAAUAAAUGAUGUUGAUUUAAAAAUAGCGAAAGCCAAAGAAAUAAAAGAUAAUUCCAUGAAAUCAAUUCCAAAAUUUAAUGAAGAAAUUAGUUUCAUAAAUGAGAAACUGCAAAAAGCAAAAUCUUUUAUUGAAAAGACUGAUCGUUCUGUAUUUUUGGAAGAAAUUGAGAUCCUUCAAAAUCAAAUCAAUAAACAUAAAACAGGAAUGUUGCAAAUUAAUGAUAAUUCAACCAAACAAAAACAAUUAUUAAGUAAUUUACAGGAAAAAGUGGAAAACGAAAAGAAAAAUCUAGAUAAAGUAAUGAAAGAAGCUGAACAACUAGGUAAGAAAAUACUAGUAACACGUAAUGAGGAAGAUAUAAGAAGAGACAUUGAAGAAACCAAUCAUAAAAAGGACUUAUUAGAAAUGGAGUUGGAGAAGAGAGGUGAAAACCAUCUAGCCUUAAGAGAUAAAUGUAAGAAGAAAAAAGAAGAAUAUUUAAUGCAUAGUGCUUUACAUAAACAAAUUGAAGAUAUUUAUAAAUCUAACAAGAAAUCUAUUGAUCUUAGUACAAUUGCGCUUAAGCACUACAUUGAGUAUCUUCGGUUAAAAGUAAUUGAAGAUUUUGACAUGAUUCUGAUAUUAGGAAAAAUUAAGGGCAAGCUCGAAAUUGAUAUACAUGAACAAAGUAUGGAUAUUUCAAUGUUUGAUAACAUAAGUACUUCAUGUGCUUCCGGUGGUGAACGGACAUUUGCUACAGUUGCUUUGAUUUUGGCAUUAUGGAGCAACAUGCAAUUGCCAUUUUACUCCAUUGAUGAAUAUGAUGUAUACAUGGAUAAUAUUAAUCGAAUAACCACUACUCAGCUGCUGAUGAAUGCUAUUGAAAAUCGUAAAAACCAAUUCAUAUUUCUUACUCCACAAGACAUAUCUCAUAUAAAAAGUGCUGAUAAUAUUAAGAUUGUGCAAAUGAAAGACCCUAGAUCUUAGUUAUAUUUAAAUGUAAUGUAAAACAGUUGAUAUUUUAUUCAUUCUUUUCAAAUUAUCAUUAAAAUUAUUAAAAUUCUUAAAAAUUGAUUUAUAUUUUAUUGUUUGUAUAUUAAUAACAAGAAAAAAAUAUAUUAAAUAAAUGUAAAUUUGACAGUAUAUGAAAUGUGAAAAAAAGUAAGUUAAUAACUAAUAAGUAAAUGUUAGGAUGAUGUAAGCAUUUUUUGCUUUUUCUGUUAUUGCUCAAAUAUGAAAGCAUGAAUGAAUUAUGUCACAAAAUUCC